CGCGAGGCUGCGGCGCGCGCGGGCGCUGGUGGGGCGCGCGGCGCGCGCGCGGGCAGAGGCGCGCAGGGGGGGCUGCCCCGGGGCGGCCCCCCCACGUCGGGGCGCUGCGGGCGGCGGCGGCAGGAGCGCGUCCCGUCCAGGUCCCGAGGAGCCGCCGCCGCUGCCGCCGCCGCCGCUUGUCAACAUGGCGGACCUGGAGGCCGUGUUGGCCGAUGUCAGCUACCUGAUGGCCAUGGAGAAGAGUAAGGCGACCCCGGCCGCCCGCGCCAGCAAGAAGAUCGUCCUGCCCGAGCCCAGUAUCCGGAGCGUGAUGCAGAAGUAUCUUGAGGAGAGAAAUGAAAUAACCUUUGACAAGAUUUUUCAUCAGAAGAUCGGUUUCUUGCUAUUUAAAGAUUUUUGUUUGAAUGAAAUUAAUGAAGCUGUACCUCAGCUGAAGUUUUAUGAAGAGAUAAAAGAAUAUGAAAAGCUUGAUAAUGAGGAAGAUCGCCUCAGUAGAAGUCGACAAAUUUAUGAUACCUAUAUCAUGAAGGAGCUCCUUUCCUGUUCUCAUCCAUUCUCAAAGCAAGCUGUAGAACAUGUACAAAGUCAUCUAUCUAAGAAACAAGUGACAUCAACUCUUUUUCAGCCAUACAUAGAAGAAAUUUGUGAAAGUCUUCGAGGUGACAUUUUUAAAAAAUUUAUGGAAAGUGACAAGUUCACUAGAUUUUGUCAGUGGAAAAAUGUAGAAUUAAAUAUCCAUUUAACCAUGAAUGAUUUCAGUGUCCAUAGGAUUAUUGGACGAGGAGGAUUUGGUGAAGUUUAUGGUUGCAGGAAAGCAGACACUGGAAAAAUGUAUGCAAUGAAAUGCUUGGAUAAGAAGAGAAUCAAGAUGAAACAAGGAGAAACAUUAGCCUUAAAUGAAAGGAUUAUGUUGUCUCUUGUCAGUACAGGAGAUUGUCCUUUCAUUGUUUGUAUGACCUAUGCCUUCCAUACACCAGAUAAACUCUGCUUCAUCCUGGACCUGAUGAACGGAGGUGACUUGCACUAUCACCUUUCCCAGCACGGGGUAUUCACUGAGAAGGAGAUGCGGUUCUAUGCCACGGAGAUCAUUCUGGGGCUGGAGCACAUGCACAGUCGGUUCGUGGUUUACAGAGACUUGAAGCCAGCAAAUAUCCUCUUGGAUGAACACGGACACGUGAGAAUAUCAGAUCUUGGUCUGGCCUGCGAUUUUUCCAAAAAGAAGCCCCACGCGAGCGUUGGCACCCAUGGGUACAUGGCUCCCGAGGUGCUGCAGAAGGGGACAGCCUACGACAGCAGUGCUGACUGGUUCUCCCUGGGUUGCAUGCUUUUCAAACUUCUGCGGGGUCACAGCCCUUUCAGACAACAUAAAACCAAAGAUAAGCAUGAGAUAGACCGAAUGACCCUCACCGUGAAUGUGGAACUCCCAGACUCCUUCUCUCCUGAACUGAAGUGGCUUUUAGAGGGCUUGCUUCAGCGAGACGUCAGUGAGCGGUUGGGCUGUCACGGAGGCGGGGCACAGGAAGUAAAGCAGCACACCUUUUUCAAAGGCAUUGAUUGGCAGCACGUCUACUUACAGAAGUACCCACCACCCUUGAUUCCCCCCCGAGGAGAGGUCAAUGCUGCUGACGCCUUCGAUAUUGGCUCAUUUGAUGAAGAGGAUACCAAAGGCAUUAAGCUGCUUGAUUGUGACCAAGAACUCUACAAGAACUUCCCCUUGGUAAUCUCUGAACGCUGGCAGCAGGAAGUAGCCGAAACAGUUUAUGAAGCAGUAAAUGCAGACACAGAUAAAAUGGAGGCCAGGAAGAGAGCUAAAAAUAAGCAACUUGGCCAUGAAGAAGAUUAUGCUCUGGGAAAAGACUGCAUUAUGCACGGGUACAUGUUGAAACUGGGAAACCCAUUUCUGACUCAGUGGCAGCGUCGCUAUUUUUACCUCUUUCCAAAUAGACUUGAGUGGAGAGGAGAGGGGGAGUCUCGGCAAAAUUUACUGACAAUGGAUCAGAUUCUCUCUGUGGAAGAAACUCAGAUUAAAGACAAAAAAUGUAUUUUGUUCAGAAUAAAAGGAGGGAAGCAAUUUGUCUUGCAAUGUGAGAGUGACCCGGAGUUUGUGCAGUGGAAGAAAGAGUUGACUGAAACCUUCAUGGAGGCCCAGCGGUUAUUGCGUCGUGCUCCAAAGUUCCUCAACAAGCCUCGAUCCAACAUAGUGGAGUUCUCAAAGCCACCCCUCUGUCACAGAAACAGCAAUGGCCUCUAGCACCCAGGGGCAGGGAAGUUUCCCUGAGGGAUCCACAUCAGGGAUCUUCAGCCCUUUGAACAGAGCCUUUUAGAAAAGUGUGGGGAUUCAAACAUCUGACUUACUGACUGCUGGGGCCCUUCCAUGGCAGAGAAGACCCAGGACUCUGAGAUGCUCCUAAUAGGAGCCCGGACCAUUCUCUGACUUUGGGUCAGCCUUGCUCCUCUGUCUGAUUAUUGCUCAGAUCUGAAACUACUGAAGAAAUGAAAGUUUUUUUCUUUGUUACAUACUUAUUUUGGUAUCUAUGAACCUAGAACUUGAAAUGAUUCCUAUUUACCACUUACAUUUUUAUGACUGAUAUCAAACACAUCUUAAACUUUCCAGGACGGAAUGUAACAAUCUUCAGAGUCGGGUACUAGAUUGCCCUGAGCAUUGCCAUAUUUUAUCUAUAAACAGCCACUUCUGGUUUGCUGUCUUUGCACCGUACUGCUGGGGGAUGGGAGAGCAACAGUGUGUUUCUUCUGUGCACUUUACGACUGACUUCUGGUUGUCCUGGGUUAAGAGUUGAAAAUGUUUUCUGAGGAGGUUGCACUCAGGCCCUGCCCCACCACCAUACACAGUGCGCAGCCUCUGACCUCUCUGCCCCGGGGCGCUCAGAGCUGGUGGGUGAUGGGGGGAUAUUCUCAAAAGUGGGCGCAUGACCAGGCAUUGAAGGCAUCCAUGUGCUGAUCCUUGGAAAUGUUUACCAUGAUGCUGAAGAGACACAGUGGAGUUGUAGAUUUGGAGGAGAGUAGCAGUUUUCAAAAAUCUUCAAGUUCAGUGUGCUCAAAUAGACAAACAACGCCUCCCUGUGCCUGGUGCACAGGGACGUUCGCGGGUGAGUCUGUCUCGGUCUCAAUAGCAUGCAAUUGGGUGACAGCCAUGCUGGUUCCUUCUGCCUGACCACAGGAAACACAUCAGUAAUGGAUGUGCAAAAGAAGGUCUGUUUAACAUUGUUAAACUACAAAGAGUUUAAAAUGAAUUUUGUUGUAAAAGAAUGCUGAAGAAUGAAUGUAUCAAAACGGGCGAAGGGUGUAGAUUGGCUUUCUGACUUGUCAUUAAUGAACGGGACACUUUGCACUGGGUUGCUGUGGGACAGACACUUGAGAUCCUUGCGUGUCAAGGCGUUUUUGCCUGAUCCUAGCGGCCUCCUCCCCAACGUUUGUUUUGCACAUAUCUUCAUGCCCUGUCGACGCCCCAGAUACGUGCCAGCUUAUGAGACCCAGUGAAGUCCCCCAUGUCAUCAGACUACAAAAAUCAUCAUUUUAAAAGUCCACAUAUUUGUCCUAUGUCUGGUAUGCUUUUGUUGUAUGUCCGUAAAUUAACUACUAACGAUAUAAAUAACUUGACCUCAUAAUUAUCUGUAUCCUGUCCUUGAUAUUUUUUACUGGUUCCAAAUCUUUGUUUUUAAUAUAUGUGUGCUAUGUUCAUUGGGAAAGUACUUUUUAAUGAAAUUAUAUUUUGAGAGUUUGGAAGAUCAUUUACUGAAAAUGUCUACCAUUUCACAGGAGUGACUUUGGAAAAGAAAUUUUGAGGUUUGUUAUCCUUAUUAACUACUAAUUGGAAUUUAAAUUAACAUACAUGUUCUAUCUGUAAUUUCCAGUGCAGGAGGUGGGAUAUACUAUUUAUAUGCAUUCCCUUAUUUAAAAGAGAAGAAGAGUAUUCAAAUUCUGUUUUUAAAAGAGGGAAAAAGGCCAGGAGCAGUGGCUCUUGCCUGAAAUCCUAGCACUUUGAGGGGCCCAGGCACGAGGAUAGCAAGACCCCAUCUCUACAACAAAUAGAAAACUUAGAUGGGCAUGGUAGUAUGGGCCUGUAGUCCCAACUCCUGAGUAGGCUGAGGCAGGAAGGUGGCUUGAGCCCAGGAGUUUGAGCUGUGAUGAUGCCACUACACUCUAGCCUGGGUGACAGAGUGAGACCUUUUCUCAAAAAAAAAAAAAGAGAGAGAGAGAGAACCACGACUGGAAACAUAAACGCCAUUGUCUUUAAAGAGUAUCUUCCCAGCCCUGGUUAAUUAUGGCUGGGCUGGUGGUUGUAGUUCCCUGUGGGCAGGUGCUCAGUGUUCGCAGGUGAGGAAGCUCUUUGCCUCAUCUCCUACUAAGAUGGCUCGGUGACUCCUUUAGGUUCUGAGCUCAACAUCUCACAUCUGGCACCUGGGGCAUUAGCUAGCAAAAGCAUUCUUAGAGAUUUUCAUCUCUUUCCAACAUAGUUACGUUUUCUCUUGAGAUGAACAUAAGGGUCAUCUCUCUUUUAGAAAAGAAAUAUGAAUCAGAAAAUGUCUCAAAAGCCCUUUUGCCUCACACUUACUCCAAGUGAACUUUUAUACCUUUUUAACUCACCUUUGAUUUAUAAUGACGAGGCUCAGAAGUGUAUCUAGAGAACAUUAACUUCAAAGUACUUUGGGAGGUUAGGAGGAGCUGCUUCUAAGGGCAGUGACCCCCUCACAUUGGGGUCUGGUUUGAUGGUCCUCAAGAGGCCAGUCUGCUGGGACACCAGGAUGGAGACAGAAACCUGCUCUGGUUGUACCUGCGGGCUGUGUGUUCAAAGGAGAAGUCAGCUGGGUUAGAAAUUUCAGUGUACUUGGCUGUUAUAAAAAAUUUUCAGAGGUUACAUAAUUCCUAGAUGCUUUCCUAGGUUACAUUUGGACCACUAACAACAACAUAGUUCAGACCACAUUUUCUCAUUAUUUUAGAUUUAUAUGGUUGGGGUAUUUUAACACCGUCAAGGAAAAUAACUGAGGCUGAUACUUUUUGCAAAAUUAUGUUAUAAGAAGUCUCAAUUUUAUGAUUCAAAGGAAUUGGCAAAGCAAAGCCUAAAAAUAACAGUAUUUUAAGCUGCUAUAUAACGUAUUAUGGAAUAGAUUACAAACUUUGUGAAUCUACAUUUAUUCAUUUUAACCUAUUCUCUUUGGUGCAUUUUUCCCUUCAUGUCAACAGGGCUCACUGAUUUUCCUUUUUUGCUGUGUUUAAGUGGGAUUUGUUAGCAAAAUUCCUAGAAAUCAAUUUAUUGUUUCACCAUUAAUGCAAAGUACUCAUGCAUGGCUCUGAUUGGUCAAUUCACUGACAUUGCAAUUUCAAAUUAUAGAUAUAUUUUUAAAAGGGCCUAAUGUCCAGCAAGGAACACUUGAGCAAAGGAAGCAUUUUGCUCAAUAAAAGCAAAUAAUGAAUGCCCAUUUGUUAACAAGAUUCAGCUUGAUUUACAGUUUGAAAUAUGUCAUGCAGAUAUUAGAGAUAAUUGUUUUAAGGCCUCAAUGGUCAUUAAAAAAGUGCUUUUUACCAAAUGACAGUGGGAUUUACCUAGAUUGAAAAGAUCACAUUUAUUUUCUGAUGAAUUUUUAAAAUUUCACUCAGAUUUUGUAGUUGGGAUAAUUAAAUACAUUUAACUUUUCAACAGAAUUAAUUUUUCAAAAUAAAUGUUUCAGAAUUUUGACAUUUCAAGAAGAAAACAAAAUUCUCAAAGUUUGACCUUUUUUACAUGAUGUAAGUCUAUAAAAAUGCCUGUAAAAAUGCGUUGGUGCAAGAUAAAACUUACUUUGUGUGAUUCAAUCACAUGUGAUUUUUUUUUUUCUCAGUUAUGUUCAGAGAAACUUGUCUGUGUCUUGCAGAGAUUGAUGUAGCCCUGUGCAUGAGGGGGUGUUGGUACCAGGUGGGGAGCUAGAGUCUGUGACAGGUGAUGAGUAUGACAGAAACGUCAAAGUCAUGGAAAACAUGGGGUGAAGGAAGGAGUGAAUUUGGUCAAAACCAUUCCCUUUAUACCGUCAUAAAGCACUGAGGAAAUCACUGAGUUAAAGUUGGUGGGAUUUUUUUUCUCUAGAAUAGAGAAUUUUUUGUUGUUUUGUCUUCUUCCUUGUAAUUACAGUAAUAAUUACUAUAAAAGCUCAUCAUUUUAUUUUUGAAUAUGGAGCUACUGAACAUAUUAAGAGUCUACUUGCUGUCUAUCAGGACUUGCUGACAAAGUGAGAUUUCUGCUGCCUGUCCUCUGCCACCUGCCAGUGAAGGCACAGGGGCCCAGAGCUCAGUCAGCACCAGCCAGCUCUGAAACACCUUGUCAGUCUGCGUUGCAGCCCCAGCAGGUGGAGUGGUCCCUAGGUCACUAGGAAUGCAUUGUCCAGUUGGGGACAUUGUUAUGAAACCACUGCAGUUCUAGUAAGUCCCCCGCCAGGAUAACAAUCGGACCCUUGCUGUUCGUGUCGUGUCCAUGUCUAUACGGUGAGCUUUAACAGCUUAAGUUUUUCAAAAAAAGGAAAAGAAAAUCUUUCCCUUAAGAUCCAAUUUUCCCUUCCCCUCUCAUUGGAGAGGCUUUAAUGAAGUACUUAAAUUCAUGUUAAUAUGAAUUUUUUUUUAAAUGAGGACCACAUGUUACAAUUUUUUACCAUGGAAUGAAUGAAAGUUGAACUCUAAAAUGAUACGCCUUGAUCCUCAAAGAGAAAGAAAGCUGUUGUUUCACGGUGGAAUGACAGGGGUGAUCAGCCUUGGCUGAUAAGUGCCGGGCCCCACAUUGUAAAUUGCCUGUAUUAGAAACAAACAAAAACUAUAGAAAAUGGGUAAUAUUUUAUGCAUUUCAAUUAAAACAUGGCAGGGAGUAUCCUUCAUUGUAGAGUUAAAUAAUUCAUAUUGGAAUUAGCGCUGUAAUAUCUAACAAUCUCAACAUCUUUUCUGAAAAUAGGCAACUAUGCUUCUAUUUUUAAUUUUGUCCUAAAAUAUGUCUAUAUAAGGGUAGGGAAUGGAGAAAUAUUUGCAAUUGUGUAUUCGUAUUACACAGAAGUUGACAUUUGUUUCUUAGUAGAUAAUAUUCUAUGAUGUAUGUAUUAUAUGUAGCUUAUAAGUGAAACAAUGGCUUUUUUUUAGUUUUGUUAAAUUGUAUUUUUCUAUGUUUCAACUAAUUAUAAUAGAUUUGGCUUUUUCUGGGCAACCUAAAGAUUGCUGAACGACGUAUAUAUAGAAAACAAAAGAAUUCUAUUUUAGCCCAAAGGCAUUUUAUAUUAUUUAUUGAAUCUGUAAGUUUGUUGUCAUCAAAAACAUUCCAUAUCAUUUCUGCUCCUUUUUAUUUGUAUAGUUUGUUAUUUAAAGAAAUGACCGUCCUUUGUGUUCUUCAUACAGUAAAAUCUAAAUGAUGCAUAUAGCAGCGUGGGGCCAGGUCACCUCCUCACUGCCGGGCCCUGUCCUCAGCAAUGCUUGUCUUCUGCUCUGUGCUGAGAGGCGCAUGCGGGCGCUUGUGACAUCUGACAGCAAACUUGCUCUGAAAUACUGCUUUCAUCUACCUCUUCAAAGGCCUCUUGCAUGUUGACAAGUACCCCAGAUGCUUUACUGUGGACUGGCUAUACCACGAAAGAAUUCCUUUAAGACACCGCAGUGUAAUUCUCUCAUGAUGUAGAUUUGUUUAGAAGACCUCGGUGUUGUCAAGGGCCCCUGAUGAGCUGAGCAGGUGGCCAUCUCUUCUAGACAGCAAUCCCUUAGGAUCUGAGGUACAACCCAGAACAAUGUUUCUUACUUUCAUUCUGCCAGAUCCCCGCAGAUGGUCUUCCCGUUGCCUCCAGAUUUGAUGAUGCACCUGAUUUGUCCAUUUACUAAGCAGAAGGGCCGUCCUCACUCUUCUUUAUCAACGGCAAGUUGUGCUUAAAGGCACUGCUUUCAGGAGCUGCAUAUUUGAAUGCGGCUUUCCCCCCUUCUCUAUUUCAAAACAGUUUGGAAAAUGGGGUCGUAAAGGCACAUGCCCUCCCGAAAUGACCAUGAUGUAAAGAGGUGAGACAGGAUGGAGGCCAGUCUCUGUGACAGGGUCCCUCCCCACCUGCUGCCACUGUCCUCUGCCUGUUUUCAUCAGUGUGGUAACACAUUUACUAUAUUUUUGGCAAAGUAUAAAGAAAUAAAUAAGACCCCCAAUGCUAAAGAAAUAAAUCCAUUUUCUAUUGUGCAUUGCUAUACAAAGUGAAGCUAGUAAACUACAUGUUGUAAAUCUAGAUAUUGUACCAAGAAAAAAAUGUCAAUUCGUUUUUAUCUCUUUUUGUAUUUAUUGUGCCAGGAAGGCUUACUAGCACACAUUUGAAUAGUAUCCCACGUGAGGUACCGCUCCACGUCUAAGGUCACUCCCUCGGCAGUCAGUGUCACCAUCUUUACAGUUGGUAAAAUUGCUUAUAUAAAUCUCAAUAAAAAGCAUCUGUA